UGGGCUGCAGGCAUGAGCUGCUUUCCAGACGCGCGAGGCUUCCCAGGGGAGAAAGAAGGACUGUAUUGAUUUCUUCCUAUUGUAAGAAACCAUGGCAAAGAGAAUAGCAGUUGUUGGUGCCGGUGUAAGCGGACUAACAUCCAUCAAAGCCUGCCUAGAAGAGGGACUUGAGCCCACUUGUUUUGAGCAAAGCAACGAGAUUGGAGGACUUUGGAGAUUCACAGAAACACUGGAAGAAGGGAGGGCAAGCAUCUAUCAUUCAGUUGUCACCAAUACUUCCAAAGAGAUGACGUGCUUCAGUGACUUUCCAAUGCCAGAACACUUCCCAAACUUUCUGCACAAUUCCAAGUUUCUGCAAUAUUUGCAUCUGUAUGCGAAGCAUUUUGAUCUCCUCAAAUACAUCAAAUUUAAGACCACAGUCCUCAGGAUAGAAAAAAGCCAGGAUUACUCAACCAGUGGUCAAUGGACUGUGGCCACAGAGAAAUAUGGAAAACAGGAAUUCUUCAUCUUUGAUGCUGUCAUGAUCUGCACAGGUCACCAGAAUGAAGCAUAUACCCCACUGGAGGAUUUUCGUGGUUUUGAAAAGUUCAAGGGUAACUAUUUCCAUAGCCGAAAUUACAAGGGUCCAGAAGAAUUUGUGGGAAAGUCGGUUUUGAUCAUUGGAAUGGGGAAUUCAGCAGCUGACAUUGCUGCAGAGAUCUGUCGGAAAGCAAAGAAGGUCUUCAUCAGCACCAGAAACGGUUCCUGGGUGAUGAGCCGAGUGGAUGACAAUGGCUAUCCCUGGGACACCAUCUUUCACACGCGCUUCAGGAAUAUGAUUCAGAAUUCAGUCCCAUGGUUCCUUUUGCAAUGGAUGAUUGAAAAAAAGAUGAACCAGUGGUUUGACCAUGAAAACUAUGGCCUGGUGCCUAAAAACAGGUCACUGUUGAAAGAGCCAGUGUUCAAUGAUGAUCUUCCAAGCCGUAUCCUGUGCGGAGCUGUGACAGUGAAGCCUUCGAUCAAGGAAUUUACCGAAACCUCUGCCAUUUUCGAAGAUGGGAGUAUAGAGGAGAAUGUGGAUAUUGUCAUUUUUGCAACUGGAUACAAUGUUGCAUACCCCUUUGUGGAUAAGUCAGUGAUUGAGGUGGUUGACAAUCGUAUCCCAUUGUAUAAACAUGUUUUUCCUAUUCAUCUGGAGAAGCCAACAUUGGCACUUAUUGGUCUCAUCCAGCCCCUUGGUUCAAUCAUGCCCACUUCAGAACUGCAAGCCCGUUGGGCUACCAGAGUCUUUAAAGGACUGAGUUCUUUGCCUUCAGUGAGCACCAUGGUGGCUGACACCAACCAAAGAAAUGAGAGAAGAAUAAAACGGUUUGGCACCAGCCGCAAUCAAUCAAUCCAAACAGAUUUCAUUGAGUAUCUGGAUGAGCUUGCUGUUGAAUUAGGAUCAAAGCCAAAGGUAUUCCCAUUGUUACUGCGGGAUCCCCAGCUGGCCAUGAGAAUCUUCUUUGGACCCUGUAGCCCAUUCCAGUAUCGACUGAUGGGACCUGGGAAAUGGGCCGGAGCCAGGGAUGCCAUAUUCACCCAGAAGGAGCGGAUCAUCAAGCCUACCAAAACCCGAGUUGUGGGCAACUCUUCAAGCUAUAACCAGUUUUUCCUCCUUAAAAUCAGUGGUAUCAUUGUUGUCUUGGCUGCUAUAUUCCUGAUCUCCACCAACUAAUGUAAGAAUAAUGGUUUGAAUUCAGAUUGCAAAAGUUAUGCAUGGCUCCUCCUAUAAUAAUCAGUUUAUAUGUGGAAUAAUUGAUUCCAUGGUUACAGUCAGGCCGCUAUUGUUAUUAGCUUUUGUGUAUAUAUUCAGAAAUGGAAAAUAUUUUCUUUCUCAAAAAAUGUGCAAUAUAAAGGUGGUGUGCAAAGAUACUCUGAUAUAUGUCUGUAUAUGCAACAUACCUAUUUACUUAUAAUCCCCUCUCCCAAAAAAUGUUCAACUUCCAGUCUUCUUCUCUCCACUGUGCCUGGUGCUUCCACAUACACCUGGCCAUGGAAGAUAAUAAUAUAAUAUAAUAACUUCAUUUUUAUACCCCGCCACCAUCUCCCCAAGGGGACACAGAGCGGCUUACAACAAGGGGCAAGCCCAACAAUUACAGAUAAAAACAAAGGCACAGUUUAAAACACUCAAUAAAAAUAAUAAACCAUAGCACAGUCAAAAACACUUAAAACAACAUAAAACAGUAGGCUGAGAUAAAAGUCAUAAUUGAGCUGAGUGCAAAGAAAUCUUAAGGGAGCCAAAGGAAAGUUCGGAGAUUGAGUGAACAGGGGCUAGGGACAGUAGUUGGCAAAAGUGUCGAGGAAGCCAAUAAAAGGGCCGAAAUAAAGUGCAAAGCUUAAACUUAAAAUAAGGACCAGAUGGAUUUAUAGUAAACUGCCUAAUCAAAGGCUCAAUGGGACAUCCAGGUUUUCAAUUCCUACCAAAAGGAAGCCAGAGUGGGCGCCUGUCUGCUCUCCCUAGGGAGGGAGUUCCAGAGCCAGGGGGCCACCACUGAAAAGGUCCUCUCCCUCAACCCCACCAACCGUGCUUGGGACGGUGGUGGAAGAGAGAGCAUAGCCUCUCCAGAUAAUCUCAGGCUAUGCACUGGUUUGUAAGGGAAGAUAUGAUCAUGAAGAUAGGCAGGAGGAGUGGGAAGAGAACAAGGCAGUGGUGAGCAAGCUCCCUGGGGUCAACAGCAGUGGUGGUAGUGGCCUAUCUCCUCUCAUUGCCCCUAGGAGGGCUUUGAGAAAUUUAUUAAUUUGUUUUACUUUCAUGAAGGGUCAUCUGCCUGACCCCCUGAAAAUGUGGAGGGCCAACUGUAGCUGAGACCAGAUAGCCCAUAGCAAUUCUGUCCAUAACUUCAAGGAAUAUUCACCUUCCUCUUUAUCUUCCCUACUGUUUUAGGUUACAUGUCUUCACAAUCAUAUUGAAAAACAUCUAGGAAACUCACAGAGAAAAGGUAGGGCAGGUGAUGAAAUUUUCAAAAUGUUUUCCCAGAUAAUAUUUGUAGGCACUCUGGUAUCUGUUUUGAAAGGUUCCCAUUUUACAUUUUAUUGCAAGAAGACAUAAUUAAGUCAGCACUGAUAAGACACAAAUGAGGUACAGGUAAUUAUGAACAGGAUAGGUUCUGUAGGUUUGUUCUUAAGUUGAAUUUUUUUGUAAGUCGGAACAGAUGCAUUGUUAAGUGUAACUCCAGCCAUAUAUAGAGAGGGGG